GUGGUCGGAUUCACUAAAAUUUCUCAGCCGGCGCCUGGGAGAGUUGCAAUUAUUUUCUGCUGGUUUCGUUUGGCCUGCGGCAGGAGCAGCGGAGGACAGAGGGAGGGAAAGCGGAGGGGCGAGGAGAGAUGGGGAGCUCGAAUACGGGCGGAGGGGGUGUUAAGGAGGAGGGCGCCAUGGACGGCGCCAAGAACAACUCCCCCACGGGCUCCGACUCCCCGAACGAUGGAGACACCUUCUCGGAGGGCGAGAAGGUCUUCGCCUAUCACGGGCCCCUCAUCUACGAGGCCAAGGUUCAAAAAGUUGAGUUUCGAGACAACGAGUGGAGAUAUUUCGUUCACUAUCUUGGUUGGAACAAGAACUGGGACGAAUGGGUUGGGAGUGAUCGUUUGUUGAAAUUCACUGAAGAAAAUAUCCGCAAGCAACAGGCAUUGGAGAAGAAUCAGCUAUCGGACAAAACUGCUAAGUCAGGACGGUCAACACAGUAUAAGCCAAAAAGCUCUAAUGAUGCAAAAGUCGAUAAAGAGGAUAUGAAGAACCUUGCAGCCAAAGGCAAGAAGCGUAAAAGCCAUCCUGGAACUGAGGAGAAGGACAGAAGAUUACCAGAGAAACUUUUGAUAUCACAAUUUCCUUUGGCCCUUAAGAAGCAGCUGGUUGAUGAUUGGGAGUUUGUAACGCAGCUGGGCAAGCUUGUCAAGCUACCUCGUUCCCCAAAUGUUGAUGAUAUCCUCAAAAAAUACUUAGAAUACCGAACAAAGAAAGAUGGCAUGAUUGCUGAAUCUGUCGCGGAAAUUCUUAAAGGUCUAAGAUGCUAUUUUGACAAGGCAUUGCCUGUGAUGCUUCUCUAUAAAAAGGAGCGGCAACAAUACCGCGAAGCAGUUCGAGAUAAUGCCUCACCUUCAACUGUAUACGGUGCUGAACAUCUAUUACGUCUUUUCGUCAAGCUGCCUGAGUUACUUGCUUAUGUCAACAUGGAGGAGGAGGCUCUUAACAAACUACAGCAGAAGUUGUUCGACUUCCUCAAGUUUCUGCAGAAGAAUCAAAACUCGUUUUUUCUUUCUACAUAUGAUGGUUCCAAAGUCACAGAUGAGUUGGAUAUUAAAUAGGAGAAACUGAAUCAUAGAGUAACAACUGUGUGCUUAGCAAAUGCACCGAUGGGUGUCUAGCCGCCUCUACAUACUGUAUCUACAUAUAAUUUGUUGUUCAUUGGUGUUAAUUGAUGUAUGAUUCCAGAAGAAAACAAAUCAUUUUAGGAGUAUGAGUUUCCAGUAACUACAUAUUUACUUUGCCAUCUUAUUCUAUCGUAUCAGCUGAGUCCUUGAUUUUGGGGCUGUCAUUUUAUUUUCUA